AUGGGGAAAAUUGGACCCCAGCCAAAACUGGCACAAAACAAAACACCAGACGGGGAAAAGACCCAAUUAAACAACACAACACCACAACUCCUCUCCCCGGCUGAACAGCGGGGACGUGAAAAGGAGACUGAAUUUUUAGCGAAAGAAAUGGCUAAAAAGAAGCUUGCCAAACCGGCAAGCGCAAAGUACUACACAGCCCGACAGAGCCGCCAAAAUAGCGCUCUGUCCGCACCACCAAAGAACAUAAAAGGCACCCGCGUCGGCAUCACGAAACCCACGCGUAAAAGCCCAAACAACCGCGUCGCGUCGACUUCCGCAUCUGCGAGCAGACCGACGAUGACAAACACCUCAGUUAACUCCACCCCACGACAACAGCAAGGGGCAGGGAGAAGGAAAUCACAAAUCCCCACAAAACUACCGCACAGUUUCGAGAGUCCCAACCGUUUUGAUGCCUUGGGGGACUCGGAUGAGGAAGGCGAGACAACCGCCACCCCAGACGUCAACCCGCCGCCGCCACCACAACAAACUCCACAAAGGGAAACAUCAACAGCUCCAACCGCUACGUCGCACGACGACAACUCGACUCCCGCCGCCGAGGGUCAGCAACAGUCCACCGACAGCGGAGAGGACGAGACAAAUCCCAGAAAUGUCCCACCAAUAGGGGUGUACCAACUAGAGGGAUACACAAAACUUAACAAAGCGAUAAAAGACAAGAUAUCAGGCCCCCUAAAGGCCAUUUUCCGGGGUGACUCAGUAAAGUACAAUUUCGAGUCCCUAAGUGACUACUACGCCGCGGCAGCCUUUCUAAGAGAAAGGGAGACGCAGCUUGACAGCAUUGAGCUGGGUUCGACCGGCCCAGGGCCGAGUAGCGUGGGGUCAGGCUCCGGCGGGAUACCUAACGGUGACAACGAAGCCGUCCUGGCCGCCCCUACACCCGGCUCCGCUGACGCUGCAGCUCCCGCUACACGUCGUAAAUCAAUGAAAUCAACAACGAAGGCGCGGGAUGCGCCGUACUCACAUGCCUCUCGCAAGCACGCGCAUCCCCCUUCGGUUACCGAUUCUGAAUCAACAGAAUCCAGGGCACCUGACAGAAAGAAACAAUCAACCGACCGUCAGGACCCUGCUCCGCCUCAGAAUACCUCCGCUUCCCAUGCGCCGACUGAUACCAGUCAGGUCGACAUGGUUGAGGCUUACGAGGUUACAGUACCGACGUCAAACAGAUACGAAAGUUUAGAUGAUAUCACACCAGCUGAACAAAACUCUGACAAUCUCCCGGCUCCUACUCCUCUCAAAACCCCAAAGGUGCCACCUAUCAUUGUUCAUGAUACAACCAAUUACCUCGAUCGAAUAAAGGAACUGAAGGGGCACCUAAAGGGUUCCUUUUCCUGUCAGUACAAAAGGGGCAAUAUCCGAUAUGAAUUCGAAAAUCCUUCCGAUUAUCGGUAUAUGAUUGAGUACCUAAAAGCACGUGCCAUUCAAUACCAUACUUACGACCUCGACCCCCUCAAAAUAUUGAAGGUCGUCGUCAGGCACCUCGAACCCACGACCCCUCCCGCUGACGUCAAGGAAGCGCUGGAGGAACUGGGCUUCACAGUACAAUCUGUCACAGUUAUGCACCAGCAGGUGCCAGACGCACAAGGAAAACUUACAGAUAUUAAAUGGCCCCUCUCCUCCACUCAUGCAGCCUCGGCGCCUUCGACGCCAGCUGCUCCACCAGUUAAUACUGAAAAUUUUCCACAACUGCGAGCACGUCGCGCCCCUACUCCACCAUCUUCCUCUGCUGCCGGCACGGGGCCGACGCCACCGCGACGUCCUGCCUCACGACCGGCGACUGCUCCCCACUCAGCUUGGGGAACUGCAAACCCCUCUCCAGAGCCCUCUGCACCCCCGCCCCCUACUUUCUCCUUCCCCUUUUCCAACCACCUUGCUGACCUUGCUGCCUUGUUGCAGCAGUUCAACAUUCCCAAAAUCAUCUCUCUUGUUCGUUCUACUAUCCAACAACUCAAUUCUGCUUCUGACCCAUUCAGUAAACUAAUGAUAAUCCUUUCUGCCUUCAUCUCCUACUUCUCAGAUGGACCCUAA